CCUUCUUUAUCCUGACAUCACAUUAAACCACGAGAAGGAGAAGAGAGAAAAUAAAAAAGAAACGAAAUCCAUGGCAAUCUCGAUCUUUGCUUUCUUGACCAGCUGGUUAGCACCGGGUUCACUCUUCCUCUUCCUGAAUAUUAUGAUUGCCACUAUUGCUCUUGCUUCCCGUUAUGGUACUCACAAUAAACCAGUACACGAAGACAAGCACCUCGCUCGAGCCCCUUCUCUUUUACAACGAGUCAAGUCCAUCGACUACUUCUCCUUCUACAAUUUCCCACCUGCCCAGGAACCCGAAAACACCACCCAGGAACAUGAUCCUCCCCAGCUCGAAAGAGCCCCUUCUCUUCUACAACGGGUCAAGUCCAUCGACUACUUCCCCUUCUACAAAUUCCCACCUGCCCAAGAACCCGAAAACACUACCCAGGAACAUGAUCCUCCCGAGCUCGAAAGAGCCCCUUCACUUUUAGAGCGGGUCAAGUCCAUCAACUUCUCUUCUUUAUACUACAGUACGGGACCGGAAGAAACAACCCAACAUCCCCCAGCUCAAACCAGGUCGGAUGCCGAUCCGGGUACGUGUCAUGAUCAUGAUCAUGAUCAUCAUGUGAAGAGGAUCCAGUCGGAGCACAUGAUGAAAGCUACGAAGAGGCAGGUGAAAAUGAAGAAGUCGGCAAGCGAAAAGGCGGUGAGCUUGGAUUUAGCGGAGGAAGUGGAGAGGGAGAAGGUUGAAGAAAGAAGGCCUGCAACGGCAAAGGCUUCAGAGAAAACAGUGAUGAUUGAAGAUGAAGAGGUUGAUGCUAAAGCUGAUGAUUUUAUCAACAGGUUCAAGCAACAGUUGAAGUUGCAGAGGCUGGAAUCCUUCCUGCGUUAUAAGGAGAUGCUCAAAGGAAAGCUAAGUAUAUAAUUUACUUUAAGAAGGUGGGGCUUUUCUGUCUCUCUCUUUCUGAAAUCUCAAAUUUUAGCAAGUUAGAGAGCGGAGAGAGCCAUUCCAGGGGAUGAGCAUAGAGUAAGCGAAUGUUUGGAAUUGGUGUAGUUGUUGUAGUUUAAAUUGUUGCGUCUGUCAGAGAGGUUUGCACUAUCUUUAUUUAAGAAAAACCUCGGGCGGUGGAGAGUAGAGACGAAAGAGCUGCCUUGUCCUGCUUACAAGAAGAUUUAGCAAGUUUGGUGUAGUUGUUUUGAAUUAAUUGUUAAUUAUGUUGGAUUAGAAGAAGAUGCUUGGAAUUGAAUGGGGCUGUUCUGAGAA